GUGUCUAAUGUUUGCAGUUUCCCUUUUAGAGAGAGACCUGAUUUUUGACUUCUCUUCUGACUUGGUAAACAAGGGCUGAGUAUUGUGCAGGAAGGAUUAUUAUUGUGGAGGCAUGGUGUUCCCUACAUGGAUGAAAAUCACUUUGAGCAGACUGAAGAAAGAUGCCAGAUCCAGCAUGUGAUCAUCACAUAUUUCAGGUGGCCAUGCCUGCCCCACACACCAGGCAAUCCCCCGCUUUGAGCAGUGCUGAGCUGGACCUCAUCAGCAUUUGGGGAGAGGAGGCUGUCCAGUCCCAGCUACGUUCCAGCCGUAGGAAUUAUGAUACCAACGGACAGAUUUCACGAUGCAUGACAGGAAGGGGCCAUGACCAGGACACGUUGCAGUGUAGGGUAAAAGUGAAGGAACUGCGGAACGCCUACCCCAAGGUGCAGGAGGCAAACUGCUGCUCCAGUGCUGUGCCCAUGAGCUGCCAGUUCUACAAAGAACUGGAUGCAAUACUCGGUGACGACCCCACAGGCACCUGUGGAUACUUGGUUGGCUCGCAUGCCAGUCGAGAGUGGACUGAGCCAGGAGGAGGAAAUCUUGGACAAAGAGGGGGAGGGAACCCAGAGGCAGAGAAUGACUCAGAGGCCAGAGAUGCAUGCAGCCCGGAGCUCUUUUCUACCCCGGAGGAACCUAGCCAGUCACAGCAGUCAGAUCUUGGCGAAGCACAAACAGGAGAGGAGGUCCCUGAGAUGACCUUGGGAGCCCAGCCUCCCUCUUUGUUAUAGGCAGCAGAACGGCUGCGCAGAAUUAGAAAACGGCCAAGAAGAACUAAGGAGGACUUUUUGUAUGAGGUUAUGAUGCACUCCACCGCCUAGAAACGGGACUUGAAAGAGUGGUGGGACAGUGAGAAGAGGGACUAAAAGGAGAACGCAGCACACUAAGAGCCGCUCCAUGGCUUCUUUCUAAACAUUAUGGAGCACCAAUUGGGCAUGCUCCAUGCGAUACUAGCUCUUCAAACCGAGCAGCUCCGUGCCUGCCCUGCACUGCAGGAGCUGUCACAAAACUUUUUCCCAUGUGCCCCCACGCACCGCCAACAUAUUAUCAACUUCCUGGCUCCACUCUCUACCCACAGCAUUCCGCUCCUCGCAGUCCAGCACUGAGGACUCCCACUGCACUCAACACCCAUCCUUCUGCAGUUUGGGCCUGCUGAAAUACAGCACCUGCUGCAUUGUACUCCAAAGGAGAAGGUUGAGUAUGAUCCUUGGACAUACACAAAUCUGUAGCUGUCCUGGGACCAUCCUCUUCUUGAGACCUUCCCUUUUCUAUCCCCCUCCCUGCUGAUGAAUUUUUUCG